AUGAAUGGCAGUUGUGUGGGAAAUCGGGAAAACAAAGCCGACAGCUCCUGGGUUCUUCCCAACUUGCCCAGCAAGUGCACAUGGACACCUACAAUGCCUGCCACCAAGUCCCCACACUCCUGUGUGCCCCUUGCAGAAGAAAAAAAGAUCUUGCCCAACAUCCUGAGGAGAAUUGGCUGCACCCCAAUGGUCCGAGUCAACAAGAUUGGGAAGUCCUAUGGGCUCAAGUGUGAGCUCUUGGCAAAAUGCGAGUACUUCAAUCCAGGGGGCAGUGUGAAGGACCGCAUUGGCCUGAGGAUGGUGGAAGAUGCAGAGCGAGCUGGGAUUAUAAAACCAGGAGACACGCUGAUUGAACCCACUUCAGGAAACACAGGAAUCGGACUGGCAAUGGUAGCUGCAGUGAAAGGUUACCGCUGCAUUAUUGUCUUGCCGGAGAAGAUGAGCAUGGAGAAGGUCGAUAUUCUGAAGGCACUGGGUGUUGAAAUUGUGAGGACCCCAUGCACCCGCUUUGAUGCUCCGGAGUCUAACGUUCGUGUGGCCUGGAAGUUGAAAAGUGAAAUCCCAAACUCACAUAUCCUGGACCAGUAUCGAAAUCCAAGCAACCCCCUGGCUCAUUACGACACCACAGCGGAGGAGAUCCUGGAGCAGUGUGAAGGCAAGGUCCACAUGGUGGUGGUUGGGUCUGGCACAGGAGGCACCAUCACUGGCAUCGCCAGGAAGCUGAAGGAGAAAUGCCCAGAAUGCAAGAUCAUUGGCGUGGAUCCUGAAGGUUCCAUCGUCGCUCUGCCCAGUGAGAUGAAUACGACAAGCACCACAAAUAUUGAAGUGGAGGGCAUUGGGCAUGACUUUAUCCCUACUGUCCUUGACAGAUCAGUGGUUGAUCAGUGGUAUAAAUGCAACGACAGAGACUCGUUCCUCAUGUCUCGCAGGCUGAUCAGAGAGGAGGGACUAUUGUGUGGAGGAAGCUCGGGCAGUGCCAUGUCUGUUGCCGUGCAGGCAGCCAAGGACCUGAAGGAGGGUCAGCGCUGUGUUGUCAUCCUGCCUGACUCUGUCAGGAACUACAUGUCCAAAUUUCUUAAUGAUAAGUGGAUGAUAAAAAAUGGUUUCCUAAGUGACGUCCAGGAGCACAAGCCUUGGUGGUGGAACAUCAAGGUGCAGAAACUGAAUCUCUCAGCCCCUCUCAUUCUCCUCCCAGAAGUCAGCUGUCAAAAGGCAAUUGAGAUCCUGCAGGAGAAGGGAUAUGACCAAGCUCCUGUUGUUGCUGAAUCAGGGCUUAUUUUGGGAAUGGUGACCCUCAGCAACACCCUUACCUCAGUGCUGGCUGGAAACGCACAGUUCUCAGACUCUGUCACAAAGGUCAUCUACGACCAGUUCUCAAAGAUUGGCCUGGAGGACAGCCUCGGCAAACUUUCCUGCAUCUUGGAGAACGACCACUUUGCUAUCGUUGUACAUGAGCAAAUGCAGUUCAAUGGGAAUGGAAGCUCCUUCAUGAAGCAGAUGGUGUUUGGCGUGGUCACAGCGAUGGACCUCCUGACCUUCGUCAGCAGAAACGAGAAGAAGUAG